CCUCUCCCCACAGUUCAGCCCGAGGUGAGCAUCUUCCUGUCGGGGGAUGGGCGCGGCGUGUGGUGUUUCACCACGGGCUUCUACCCGUGGUCCAUCGAGGUGAACCUGGUGCGGGACGGCCUGGUGCUGGAUGAGAGCCGCUCCCACGAGACGCUGCCCAACCACGACGGCACCUUCCAGCAGCGCCGCUGGGCCCACGUGGAGCCCGGGGACACGGCCCCGCUCUCGUGUCGUGUGGUGCACCCGGGGCUGUCCGAGCCCCUCGAGGUGGUACUGGUCCGCAAGUCGGGCAGCAACGUGAUGACCAUUGUCCUGGUGCUCGUGCUGGUGGUGGCUGCGCUCGUGGGGAGAGUCCUUUACUGGUAGAAGAAACAAGCGGGGAAGAGCGGCUACAAUCCCACCCAGACCUCGGAGCGCGGGAAA